AUGGAUAAAUCGACUUCAGUUCUCGCCGCUUUCGAAGCGGGGAAGAUACCGUCUCAUCAACAAAUAGCAGAUUUUAUCGACUGGUUCAAUGGCACUAUUAUCCCGCAAGCGUCGCCAGGCGGGUCGGAUCAGCUCAGCUCCCAAGGCCGCGUGCUUGCAGACGAUAUUCGCGAAAUAUUGGACGCAUAUAAGCAGCUGGGGAAUAACAAGAAUAGCGAUGAUUUGAUACAAGAAUGUCUUUGGCAUCUCAGCGAAACGGAUUUAUUGGGGACUUCCACGAAUCUCGUCGAUUCCAAGGAGGCAUCUAACGACGCCCGAAAGCUCGGCAACGCAAUCCGCACUAUCAUGACGACCCUUUGGACCGGAAUCUCUACCGAAUCCACUUCCCUAUUCUCCGACUUCGCUUCCUUCUCUCGUUUAGCUUUGGCAGAUGCAGCAGAACUCAUGGAGAACCAGGCAGCCAGAGCCAAAGUUUCGCUGAGGGAGGUAGAUGAGGAAGUGCAAGAGGGCGAGAGGGAUGCCAUUGGUCGUAAGAAGCGUACCGAGGAGGAGCAAGAGGAAGAUCAAGACCCUAAGGAAGUGUUUGCUCGUGGUAUGGACACCGCCAAGAACGCAGGAGUCACUGUCAUCGGGACCAGUCAGGACGCAAAGGCAGCCGCUGAGCGUACGGCGAAUAACGCGUCGAAGAAGAUAAGGAAUGCGUAUUAUCAAGUUUGCGAUCGUGCUCAGAACGAUAAGGAGUACCACGACGCUCUAGUUACCAUAUUCGACACAGUUCAAAAAUGGAUGACGAAGGGAUUGGACACCGCCCAAGAUGUGAACAAGUCCACGUCCUUGGAGUCUUUCAUCGACGAUCCUACGCCAGCUCAACACGUCCCAAAUGCCCUUCGAGGCUUCGGCACUAUCCUCGAACGCAUCGCGGGCGGCAAGCCUCUAGAUGAUCUUUACUCCAAGAUCCGUGCAUGUGUUGUCGAUGUUCGCCAAGACCCUCACCUUCAGAAAUGGGCUCGACAAUUCUUUGAUCAUUUGAAGAAGAGCUUAGACGAGCCCGGAUACGCUAGGUCGGACGAAGCGAAGGAGAAACGCAAAGUGUUGAGCAAGGAGUGGAAGAAGUUCCAAGAUGACUCGAACCCUGCCGGUAAGAAGUGGGCGGACGAUUGGGAGGCUUUCAAGUCGGAGUGGGAGCAGUUCACCGUCAGAAUCGAAGAAGACAAGGAUUUGCAGAGGUUGAGGGCGGCGCACGAGAAGCUGGGCGGUGAUUUGCAAAACGGCUUGGUUGAAGUCGGCAAAGAAGCUGGCCGAGCUGGAGCGCAGGUUCAGAGUGGCAUGCAGGCCGCCCUUGAGCAAGCUUCGUGGUUCGCUCAAGAUAUGUUUAAGGUAUACGCCCCGAGGAUGCUGGAGAUGCUAAAGGAUGUACCCAUCCCAAGAACUGAGUAUAAAGACGAUGAAGUCGAAUUCGUCUUGGAGAAUGUCGAGUUAUCGUCAUUCAAGCUCAACCCCGCACACAUAUUCAUUCGCAAUAUCACCGAUAUUGAUAUGUCCACAACCGAGACUUCCUCGAAAAGCUCUGUCGGCACUCUCACCCGUGUCCACGUCCAAGCGAUGCAACUGCACCUCAAAGAUGUAUCUUUCUGGUACAAAGACAAGACCGCCUCGUUGGGUCCCAGCGAAUUCACUGGAUUGAUGGGCUUCAAGCUCCCAGAAAAGGGCGUCGACGUCGACAUCACUGUUCGCAUGAUUCCCGACGGUCCAGAACGCGAAAAGGCAAAGGCCGUCUUCAAACUCGAACACAUUUCAUGCGACAUCGCGGAUGAUAUGGAGCUUGAAGUCAAGCAGUCUAACCACUCCAUCUUGCUUGGCAUGUUUAAGCCAGUUUUCACGAUGCGCAUGAAAGACGUCAUGGAGAAGACCAUUGAAGGUUGGAUCCGUGGCACCUUUGAAUGGGUUGGCGCCGUUGGUUGGGAUGUUGGCAAUCGAAGGAUUGUUUUCGAAGACGCUGGCCUUGGAGGCUCUGUGGCAUGGACUGCCGCCUUCUGGAGCGAACUAGGCAAGCUCCAGCGCGAAGGCCGCAGCGGCAGCUGGAACCUCACUGGCACCGGCGUCAUUCGAGAGGAAGGUGGGGACUCGAAUGCCAAGUUCGCCAUGGGCGCCGAACCUCAAAUCCUGAGCGGUAAGAAGAGAGGGCCCCUCGGCACGGCGUCUGAGCCAUUGAAGAAGCGCGUCGAAGAGGUUGUAGGAGAGUUCACCGGUGACAGGAUGGAUGUUGACGCAAGCGUUCGUGAGGGCGUCGAGGGUGCCAGCGAGGCCGCACGUCGUGAAGCGUGGAAGAUGAAACAAAAUGCGGAGGGUAUGUACGAGCAAGGGAAGGAACAGGUCAAGACGCUGCAGGAUAUGGUAGAAAAGAAGAAGCAGGCUGAGCAGCGCGAGACUGGAUGGAGGAGCGCAGCUUUUGACAUAAGCGCCUGA